CACAAAAAAAAUCUCGUCUCAAACCCUGGUUUUGAAAUCGCAACGAUCCAUGUAUUAAAAAAACUUGCAGCUGUUUUGAGUGAUAGAGGAUCCAGAAAUCACUGAGGCUUCACUAGCACCGGCAGGAACAGCGGGAGUAGUUAAAGUAACAAUGAAGAUGGAUGAUGGUGGUGGGAUGCGUAACAAGAAUUCGAAGAAGAGAGGAGGAGGAGAAACCAUGGAGGAUUCACUAGCAGUAAAAGUAACACUGAAGAUGGAUGGUGGUAGUGGUGGUGAGAUCUGUAACAACGCUGAUUUGAAGAAGAAGAGGAGGAAGAAGAAAGAAUAACACUGAUGGUCCAGAAGUAAUGAUGUAUCUGAGGAGAUGUGUAACAACUAACAACACGAAAUUGAAGAUGAAGAAAAUAAAUAGGUAUUUUCAGUUUCCCUUUAUGAUUUUUCAUUACUAAUUUAGGUUAGGUUUUGAUAUUUCAGUUGUGACUUUCUGGUUUGGGGGUCAAACAUUUUGACCUGAGUCAAGUACACCCAAUGUAAGUCGAGUACCCCUUAGCGGCUAUUUUAGAUGUAUAAAACCCCCUGAAGAAAUAUUUUCAUAUAACGAUUUCCAUUACUGCUUACUUCCUUCACCUCAACCGUGAACUCAUCAUCAUCAUCAUAAUAAUAAUGGAAGUUGUUAUCAUCAUCAUCAUCAUCAUCAUAUUUUCAUAUUAUAGUAAUGCUUACUUCCUUCUUCUGAUUCCUUCUUAAAAAAAUUGGUUUCUUGAUUCUUCAAUUGGGAAGUACAAAACCCUCCCUUAUAAUGCAUUUUUUUUUUGAAUUCAUGUUCCUUCUCUUCUUUGCCGAAACAACUUCUCCCGGAAGUAGUGAAGUGACACAAGAAACACCUUUCUUCUACAUUCCUCCUGGUCCUGAAACAACUUUUCCUGGAAGUAGUGAAGUAACACAAGAAACAUCUCUCAUCUUCAUCCCUCUUGGUCCUGUUAUAACAAGAAUUGAUGGUUGAUAUCUGCAAAAAAAACUUCCCCUGGAAGUAGUAAAGAGACACAAGAAAUAUAUCUCUUCUUCAUGCCUUCUGGUUCUGAAACAAUGUGGACAUUGCGAAAAGUCAAUGGUGAUUACGUGUCUCGCCGUCCUGAAGGCAAUUUUCUUGUUACCGUUUCAUGGGAUUAUCAGAUUUGCUUUUGGGAAAUAAAGAAACCAGAAAUAAGUACUGGGAAUGUGCCAGAAGAAGCAACUAUUUGUUGCCAACCAAUUUCGGAUUCCUCUUGCACCAUUGAUGCAACUACCAUUUUCACUGGUGGUGAAGUUAUGAUAUGGGUACUAAUGUCAGGAUGUCAGCCUGUGCUGGGUGGAGCAGUUAAUGAAGCUGCAUGGCUACCUGGGAUGAGCCUUCUGGCUACAGCAAACGAGGAUUAUUCUCUGAGGCAGCAAGCGCCGGUCCAUUCGCAACAGCUCCAAAAUGGACAUUACUCACUAUGCGUCAGAUAUCCAUGGAUGGCUGUUGGGACCACACAACCUCCUCAGGUUCAUCACACAUUUGCAACAGAUGGAUUAGAUGGUGCCUUCCGUUUAUCGGACAAGGACAGCAAACAAAGUUUGAAGGCCAUGCCAGCGUUCUCUACUCAUCCUAUAGAGGUGUGGGCUGUGAGAGUGCUCCACGUGAAUCCAGCCGUGAUUCCCCUAGAGAAUCCAUUUUGGAGGUGUAGGGGAUGUCAUCGUGUAGUUGUCCCUAAAAAACGUGCCUUUCUGAAUGUAUCAACAGUGAAAUAUGGGGUUAAUGAACAUGGUCCAGGCUCCCUCCUCAUUGUAUUGGAUAUGGCAGUAAUCAACAGUAACGUGACAAGUAGAGGUGGUGCUGGUGCUUCUCCUGUUGGAGUUUUUCUAGAGACUGCGUUAGAGUGUGACUGCCCCUCGAGGCCUUGCCUUGGGUUUGAGAGGCUAUACAUCCUCAACCCGUCAAUACGAGCUUAUUUGUUCAUCAACAUGCUUGAGUAGGCACAGCGCUGCAGAAUUCAGAUGGGAGGGUGAGAUCAAGGAACUCCAGAAUUAACAGAUUUGAUCCCUGAUAAAGUAGUAGCAGAAAAAUGCAACAAGCAAAAAUAAUUAGGAACAAUAAUUUACAAGUAUGAACCUUAAUUAGCAUGUAAGGUGCUCAUUUGCAUCGAAACUGUUCAACUUCUUAUCAGUUAAAUGGUGUUCUUUUUCCGCGACCUCUUAUUAAUUAGCGAGCCGAGCUUGUUUGUUUAGUUUGCUCGCCUUUCUCUGAGUAA